GAAACAACUUGACAUUACUGUGCGUUGAGCUUCCUCCGUCUGAUUUGUACGUGUUCAGCGCUUUCGAAAGCACUACCUGUGCACCUAUUAGAUUUUCUGCAACGGUGAGAAUUUUCAGUUUCCUCAGACGAGAACCACUUUUCCUUCUUUUCUUCUAGAUCCACAUUGAGGUAGACGCGCACAACGGCGCCUCACGCCCGGAGGCAUUUUCCACUCUCAUCACCUUUCAUCUUAGCUGUCAGUCUCCGUAGAUCUUCUUUUCGCUGCUGUUUUGCCUCCCGCUGUUGUCUCGACUAGUCUCCUCUUUUUACUAUUUCUCCCCACUCUGCCUCCGCUUUCUGCGUUGUUAUACUUUCCUCUUUUUCUAGACUCUGAAAUGCACCCCCGAUCUUUUUGUCCCUUGCACGCCCUCCCACCCUCCCAUGUCGCACCCUCGUCGCCGCAGUCGCAGCAGCAGAGCGGGGGAACGGCCGGCGAGGCUGCCGUAAUUCACGCAAGCACCUACGCCUUGUGGGAGCAGCUGUACAGCGCCUCCUCCACCUCCCUCAGCGUGGAGCGACUUAUGUACCUUCGUGCGACAACGCCCGGCAGCCCGCCCUCGACGGAGGGCACACCCUCUGCACAGAAGACUGGUGCGGCAGCCGGCGGUCAGCCCCCGCGUGCGCAUUCGGGAAGUGCGGUGCCUCGAGUUUCAUCUUGGGUUUCUGCAUUGUUUCCUCCCAGCGCGUCUGCACCGGUGGCCUCAGUGCCGCUUCCGCCUCCGAGUACGACCCGCACAGCAAACGGUCACACGCAGCGCGCUCCACCGUCUCCCGCGGCCGAUGCCUGCGAAAAGUCACAGCUCAAAACGACUGGCGCGGUGACAGCGACCUCUGACUCUGUACUGGAACGGUCAACGAGGUCCUCCUCCUCCGAUAAGGCCAUCGUCGUCGCUGCCGUUGCUGCUGCUGUUGCUGUACCGGAGAGAUCAAUCGAAGCAAACGUGCAGACGGCAGAAGAAACCCUCGCACCGUUGCCUCACCGCGUGUCCUGUGGGUUUCCGUCCGCGCCUUUGUCUCCCACAGUUGUCCAUCCGGGUACUACGACGACAGCGGCCAGCACCGUCUCCGCAAGUGUGAUGGCGGAGGAGAGCGCCGUGAUGGCGUCCCCACCGCACUUCUCAGAGUCCAGCUCCGUUGAUUCCUUGUGUGAAGAAGCGUGUGGUGAAGCGAACGUCCAUGACGACGACGACGGCGGUGGGUCGGUCGUGCUGCGUCCGCAGUCGCGGGAUCGACGGAGGACGGCAGUGGCGACCGACCUCACCCCUGGCACCGUGUCCUCCCCGCCAGAGUGGGUUCUCCCAGCUUCCACGUCGGAGGUGGGGUCUCCUCUCGUGCCGCUGCCACGCACCGAUCGGUCCGUCGCAGUGGCCACUGCGGCACUUGUGGAUAGCGGUGAAGGAGAAGCCGUGAAGGGGGCACACGACAUCCGACAGGAGGAGCCGUUGCCGUUAGAAAAGGAAGAAGAUAAAGCGGUGCCCGUGCCCGUGCGCGACGAGGACACAACGAGCGACAUGCGCAGAGACGGGGAGCAGUACGCAAUGCAGACGCCCUUACCAAGCCGUCGGUCCUGCACACGUCUCUCACCACCAACGAGGGGGCAGGCUCAGGAGUCCGUAGCACGGGCUCUUGUGGGCGAAGAAGAGCAUGGCAGCAGUGGCGAUGACGAAGAGGAGAACACCGGUCUCAUCUCCCUGCGCGCAUCCCCCGUCGCAGGCUCGUCAGGACACACAAGCGCACACGCCGCCGCCUCCAUCACCGCUACUCCCCUACCGGCCGACAUCACGACAGCGAUUCAUCGAGGAAACUCUGCUUCUUUCCACAGCCCGCUUUUCGCGGCGCACGACGGUCAAGACCACCACCGCGGCGGCGACAGCAGCACACCGGUGGUGUCAGCUGCCCCCGCCCUCCCCCUGGCAGAUCGCGACGGACUUGUGUUCAGUCCACCACGUCAGCGACAGAUGCAGCUGCGGCUGCAACGCCGACGCCGGCGGGAGCCGAGUGAGGGAAGCAUCUCCAGUGCGGGAGUGUCACCGCGGUCACCGGCGCCGCAGCCGUUUCUUUGCUUUUCGCGGUCUGCCUCCGCCACCCCUGCUCCGGUGUUUAACGAAGACGCCUGCAAGGCGAGUGUGGAGGUGGAGAAGACGGACGAACGGCCUGUGUGUACGGAGGCAACGGAGGAGCGCUAUCCAGCUGAGGCGCUGGCACAAGACGGUGUAUUGCCCCAAGAGGAAAUCGAAAGCCACGCCACUUCGCCGGAGGCACCUCUUCUGUUGCCUCUUCGUCACCCUCCUCCACCUGCACCGGGUACGGCAGCGUUGACGGCCGCACAGCCCACGGAGCCGCUGUCGGCAGUGGCGGCGAUGGAAGCAACGAGGGCGUCGACGCACGCGGCGGGCAUGCAGCAGCACGACUGUUCACCGGCGGCGCCACAAGUUGAAGCUGUAACCGCCACCCCACUGCCUUCGUCGACGUCGCAGCAGGGAACUCCGUCACACGCUGACGUCGUCAGCGGACAGGGAGUGCCACUAACGGGGUACGUACGCGCGGAGGAGGGGGAGGAGGACGUGCGGGUGGCGGACAACAACGAAGACGCCCAAGAUGAAAAUGAAAGGACUGUGGCAGCAGAGCAGCCGCCCAUCAGCGCCACGCCGUUAUCGCCGGAACUUCGCUCGCCACCGCAGCGGUCGGCGGGUAACAGCAGCGGCACGACAGGCAUGAGCAGCACCCCCGUUGAUGUGCGCUACACCGCCGCGGCGGUCCCAGCCGCCCACAUCACCGCCAAGACUGGAGAGGACGACGCACGUACGCCCAUGUCAGACAGAAGCGGCAGUGCUCGCCCCACGGAAGCUUCUCCGCACACCCCCAUCCCUUCCGUUUCUCCGGCGCCGCGGCGCACCUCCUCUCCGCACGGGACCUCACCACCGCCGGACGUGCACGCACGCCGGUCGAUUUCGACGAUGGACUUUACCUGGGCGGCGGCGGCAGAAGCGGCGCUGCUCCGGCAGCAGCAGCGAGUCUACGCCCACUCCCUCGCCCAAGGGGGCCGCAGUCCGAGUCUGCAGUGCAGUCGUGGGGAUGGGCCGCCAACCGAAAGCGGAGGCCUGGCAACGGGCCCGCAGGUGUACCACCCCCUGCCGGAGGGCGCGAUUGGACUUCGCCCGCCGUCGGUGCGCGCGGCGGUGUCGGAGACGCCGGCGUGGAGCGUGUCGCCGCAGCCGCAGGAGCCGCAAGUUCGGUUUUGUCCGAUGGUGUCUGCACCGCCGCUGAAUGGACGGAAUGCUGCUGCGCCAGACGGUGUUACCUUCGAGCCUUUUGCGUCCCCCACGCGCGUCGUGUCAUCCUCACCGCAUGCGCCACCACAGCAACGAGGCCUGUCUUCUUACUCGACUUCUUCGCCGCCCGUGGCCGGCGGGAAGCGCGCACGCAGCCAUCCGAUCAACACCGACGUCCACGAAAACGACACACAGCUUCACUGCAGCUUCGCCAGCACAGCAGACGCCUCCGCUUCUCCUCUCCCGCGUCAUCAGUUGCCUGUUGAAAGAGGAGAGGCGGACGUGCCGCGAGUACGGCGCACGCGUCGCGAACGUCGUGCGGACAGGGCGAACACCGCAUCUCACUACCCGAGCCACAGCACCAACAACGGCAACGGCAGUGGCAGCGCGGCCACCAUACGACGCAAACCGGCCCAUCGGAGCACGUUGUUCGCGACCUCUGCAGCUGCGACGGCAGCAUCGGCAGUGAACGAGUUUGUGCUGCCGCGCACGGUGUCUGCUGAGCCCGCGCCCACUGCGUCCGCAGCACGCGCGCCGUCGCCGCUGCAGCCACGCUCUGUCAAUCACCCGCGCCACCCUCCCGGCAAACCCUCCUCGGUCGCUGCCUCUGCGGCGGGGAAGCGUAAAGCAAAGAAAACUUCUGCCAUGGAUGAGAAGGGCAGCGUAAGUUCUGGCCAGGGCGAUCGAAGCGCCAAGAGGGCAGCCACGCAUAGAAAGCCCUCGAUGGUGGUCCUGAACCACAAGCUGCAGCAGCGGAAGCAGCCGGGGAGCGAAAAUUAG